GGGACUCUUCACCAGAUCAAGCCUGACAUACCAUCUAUCAUGAAGCCAUCCAAAUCAUGGGAGCUUCAUAGCUCAGAAUUUGGAUUCUAUGGCAACAUGACCAUGGUGAGCUAUGUGCAGAAGAAAGGAAAGGCUGUUGUCCUACUGAGCACCAUGCAUGAUGACAAAGCAGUGGAUAACAGCAGUCAGAAGAAGAAACCAGAAGUGAUCCAGUACUACAAUAAAACAAAAGGAGGAGUGGACACAAUGGAUCAAAUGGUUAGCAACUACACAUGUCUGCGGAGAACAAGGAGGUGGCCCAUGGUUCUCUGGUACAAUAUGCUGGAUGUUGCCACACUCAAUGCCUACACCAACUUCAGUGCACAACACCCUGAUUAUAUGGGUGGUGCGAGUAAUGCACGACGACUAUUUAUCAAGGAGCUGGGCAAAGAGCUCGUCAUGCCACAUAUGAAGAGGCGCAUGGAGGGCACACCCAAACUCCAGAAGCAUAUUAUUGAGGCAAUGGGAAGGUGUGGGUUAAAAAAAGACACAGCCACCACUCAGCUACAAGAGGACAUCAGACAGGAGGGCCAAAGGAAGAGGAAGAGGUGCGCGAUCUGCCCAGUUUCGAAAGACAGAAAAGCCAGCAGCUGGUGUUCCCAGUGCACUAGGCCGGUGUGCAAGGAGCACAAAAAAUUAGUGAUCAUUUGUGAGGCAUGCAGAAAUUGAGAUGGCAGUUUGUGUUCUACUAAUGUGUUCAGUUGUGUUUUAUUUUGUUUGGUCACAUUUCACCAGUUUACAGUUGUUCAACCACAGAUAAAGUUCAGUUCAAUAGCUGUUAUCUGUUAUCAGGAUUUAUGUGUAUGUGUGAUAAAAUGACAAACGUGUUGCAAGUAUUAAAUAAAUAACUGUUUGGCCCCA